AUGGAAGAUAAGGUUCAUUACGCUUUAAACAUUGUUCAAAAAGAUGGUGAUUCAUUUGGAAAGAGGGCAGAAAUGUACUACCGGCACCGCCCGGAUCUAAUAUGUUUCAUAGAGGAAACUUUUCGCGCAUAUAGAGCAUUAGCCGAGCGUUACGAUAAACUGUCAAGAAACUUGCAGAAGGCCAACACCACCAUUGCAUCAAUCUUCCCAGAUCAAGUGUCAUAUGAUGAUUUUGAUGAUGAGGACAGUUCUCCAAAAAUACCCAAAAACAUGCCUUCACAAAUUCAAGCUCCAAAUGCAGCAAACAUUCCCAAAGUCCCACAACUUCCUAAGAAAAAUUUAAAGGGUCUCAUUAGCAAUGCAUCAAAGAAAAUGCAACUAACAAAAGAAUUCAAGGAAGAUAAUCCGAGCCGUGUUGUCCCCAAAUCCGGUUUGAGUAAAGAACAAGCCAUUGAAGAAAUUGACAAGAUUCAAAAGGAGAUUCUCGCUAUGCAAACGAUGAAAGAGUUUACAAAAAGCACGUAUGAGAACGGGCUUUCGAAGUAUUGGGAAAUUGAUAGCAAGAUAAACACAAUGCAACAAAGGGUUUGUAGAUUACAAGAUGAGUUUAAAGUUGGGAAAGUUAUUGAAGAUGGUGAUGCUAGAACUGUAAUGGCACAAGCUGCAUUAAAAUCAUGCAAAGAGACACUCGAAAAGUUAAUAGAAAAACGAGAUAAUUCAUACCAAGCUGCCAUGUCCGAACAUGAGAAGAUUACCAAUGCAAAACAGAAAAUCAAGGCAUUGAAGCGUAAGUUUCCUUUGGACCAAGUUAACGAAUCUGAUAAAGACGGCGAAGGGGAGUCACAAAUCAUGAAUCAAGAUGAUGAGAAUGAUGAUAUGACAAAGAUUAAGGAAAGCUUAGAGGAAUUAUCGAAGAAACAAUUAACGGUUUCUGAAUUGGCGAAUUCUAUAGACAAGGUUUCGAAUAAAGUUAUUAGUUUAGAGAGUAAGGUUUCAUCUCAAACUGCAUAUAUAGAGAAUUUGAGAAAUCAGACCAGUGAAUUUCAAACACAAAUUCAAAUUUUGGAAGGUGAUAAGGCUUCCAUGGCGGAUGGGGCUCGCAUGCGUAGAAAGUUAAAGGACUUGGAUAAGAAGUUGCAUGGAUUAGAGGAAUUGGAGAAGGAAGUUGAGAAGCAAAAUCACAAUCUAAAAGUGUAUUUCAUGGAAGCAAAUUGUAGUAUUGAUCAUCUGUCUGAGAAGCUUCAUGAUGUGCAGCCAGAUGAGGAGGUUGAGAUGGACUCUCCUGCCUCCGAAGAAGAAUGUUUAAAGACCAUAGAAGGCGUUGUUGAUGUGUUUUGCGGUGAUUCGGAAGAACGAAUGAUGAAUUCGGAUGAAGGUGUUGUUGUUGAAGAGAAGGAAAUCCCAUGCAUGAACAAUGUUGAUGAGGAGAAUACAAACGACAACCACAUAAACAAAGAUAGAGAAAAAGACACUUACAGUGAAAGUGACCACAACCACAUAGACAAAGACACUUACACUAAUGAGAAUGACAAUGACAAAGACAAAGACAAUGACAAUAACAAUAACAACAAUGGCAAAAACAAUAGCAAUGAUAACAACAAUGACAACGGUGACCAUGAUGAAUCGGCGGAGAAUACAUAUGCAAGGAAAAAGGAUGUUAAAAAUGAUGAAGAUGUUAGAAAAGGUGAGGCGAAUGUGACCAACACGAAUACUAGAACCGAAGCCGAAGAUAAUAAACAAGAACAUAUAAAUGAAACCGGUGACAAACCUCAAAGGAAUCCGUUGAAACGAUAUACUGCCAACUUGAAAAACUACAAGGAAACCAAGAAGAAAUUGAGUGAUGAAGAGAAGAAAAAACUAGGAACCCUCUUUGAACUCAUAGUACAAGUACGAGAAUUAAAAACAUGCAUAGUGAAAAGAGACAAUGAGAUCCAAAUGCUAAAACAAAAGCUUAACCAACUCCAAGAUACAGAAAACUGGCAAGAAGUGAAACAAGAUUACAUAUCAUCAGAAGACAAAGAAUACGAAGAAAUCACCAUCUCAAUCGAUGACUCUGAGCCCGUUUCUGAGAUCGAAGAGAAGUUCCGAACCGACAUUGACAUUAUACUCGACGAAAACCUCGAUUUUUGGCUAAGAUUCAGCACUCAAUUCCACCAGGUACAAAAGUUCAAAACAGAAGUAGAAGAUCUACAACAAGAAAUAACAAAAGUUAAAUCCAGAGACACCGAAGUUAAACCAUCCGACGACAAAACCACCCAAUCCAUGUUCACAACCGAUCUAAGAUCCGAUAUCAGACCGCUCUACAAACACCUUAAAGAGAUCCAAAGUGAACUCACAUUAUGGCUAGAACAAGCAGAAACCUUAAAAGACGAACUACACAUGAGAUGCACAUCUUUAUCAAACAUCCAAGAAGAAAUAACAAUGGCAUUGAAGGAAGGCAUGUUAGAGGAUGAAAUAAAGUUCAGUACACAUCAAGCAGCAAAAUUUCAAGGUGAAAUCUUGAACAUGGAGCAAGAAAACAACCGGGUCAACGAAGAACUUGAAGCCGCGAUGGAUCAUGUUAGGGCUCUACACCUUGAAAUAAAGAAGACGUUGAGGAAGUUAGAAGAAGAGUUUGGUCUUUCGGAUAAUCAGAAAUCUUACCAACAAACUUCGGUUCCAUCACCGACGUCUCGCCCAGGAAUACCGUUAAGAUCGUUUAUUUUUGGUGUUAAAGCAAAGAAGCAAAAGCCGUCGAUCUUUAAUGUUAUAAAUAAGAGACCAAGAGGUGGUCGUAUGUAA